UUUGUACCGUGAACCAGCGAGCACACCCGUGAGGUCGGCGCCAUAGUUUUCGUGUAAUUUUUUCUUGCCCACCAUCCAGUCCACUGCUGGUUGCGAGGAGAAAGUAUGGUUUUGGUCGUGGCAAAUUGAAAUACAUCUUGAUCUACGGCGCCCUUUUCUUUUGAUUUGGUGCGAAGAAACGGACACGUUCACUUGUUGAAGGCUGUGAAGCGCACAGGGUUGGUACAUACUGAGUAAAAUGCUAGAUAGCAUUGAGCAUGACAAUAAGCGGUUUAAAUCGCAUGAAUACAGCAAGCUCGGCGCACAAUGGCUAGCGCCUGUGUGAGAGAAUGGGUAAUGGUUCUCGGGGCUUUUAUCAUGCCAUUUGCCGCUUUCACCAGGUGCAGGAACCAAUCGCUUCGACUCCGUAACAAAUUACCGGCGACACAAAGCAAAGAAGCCAGAGGCGAAUGCAACGAGCUUCGCAAGAGUAAUAGCAGCUCCAGGAAAAAGGCACAACAAAACCAAACCACCCAAGCACCAAGUCUUUACUUGGCUUCUGUACGUACAAAUAUGUUUGUGUGUGGUCGAAAAGAAGACAAGUCCCGGCAAGGAAUAUCCGGAUCAUCUCAAACAUGCUAUGCCGCCACCGAAAAAAGAAAAAAAAAAAGUCAGAGCUCAACUCGUUGCAAGCUCAGAAACGUUCACCUUUUGACCCUCAUUCUCCGUUAUCCAAAGUUCUUGCCUUUUUUCUUUUUUCUUCUUCUUUCGUAAAACAACCACAGUCCAUACAUAGCGUACACAAACAUCACACAUUCCCUUUCUGUGACCACCUUCACUCGACACGUACCGAAACGUGCCACAUGCUAGAUUUGCCACAAAGAUAUCAUAACCUUUUCCCUGUCAUGACGCUUUUCUUUUCCUUCUUCGAGGAUGGACGACACCACAGAACAACCCCCUCUCUUUGUCCCUCUUCCAGACCGAGAACAACGCCUCUAUGCAUCAGCCAACAAUAAGAACAACAGCGUGACCCCCCACCCCCCUCUCUCCCUGGCCGGACCCAAGAACAAAGGUCGGGGAAGAACGCCCCUCCCCUUUGACACACGAUAUAUAUGCUCUCAGAUCCAACACAAGCAGGAGACGAAACAGAGGGGAAGGCCCCGAGGAGGGAUGAGAGGGCGGGG